AAGAUAGAGAUAAGGUCAUCUUUGCAAUUCAUUGUGAUUCCAGGGAUAUUCUCGUCUUUUGCAAGCAGUACCAUAGCGCUCCCUGUGGCUGUGAUAUUUUUGUUUCGUAUGGUAAUGCGGCCUCUGUAGUUUGUUGCAGCCACAGCUACAGCAGCAGCCCCCGUCUCGGAGAGAGAGAGAGAGAGAGAGAGAGGGUUUACGAAAAUGGCUAUCAGAUCCCUGGAUAUUACAAUGAAAGGCCCGUCCGUGUGCUCUUCUCGCACAGCCAAUUCCUCCAACAUUAGGGUUUUCAGCGUCAGAUGCUCCGUUUCACUAUCCUCAGAUGACGCUUCUACAGCUAUAGGUUUGGGAGAAAGACCAUGGAAAACGGCAGAUGCUAGACUUGUGCUUGAAGAUGGUUCAAUAUGGAGGGCCAAGUCAUUCGGUGCUUCAGGAACACAAGUUGGUGAAGUGGUUUUCAAUACAUCUUUGACAGGGUAUCAGGAAAUUUUAACAGAUCCUAGUUAUGCGGGUCAGUUUGUCCUGAUGACGAAUCCUCAUAUUGGCAAUACUGGCAUUAACUAUGCUGAUGAAGAAUCAAACCAAUGCUUCCUUGGUGGUUUAGUGAUCAGAAGUUUAAGUAUCUGUACAUCAAACUGGCGGUGCACAGAACCACUAGGAGAUUACUUGGCAAAACGAAACAUCAUGGGUAUAUAUGAUGUGGAUACGCGUGCAAUAACACGGAGGUUAAGACAAGAUGGAAGCCUUAUAGGUGUACUGAGCACGGAAAAAUCCAAGUCGGAUGAAGAGCUUUUGGAAAUGUCUCGUACAUGGGAUAUUGUUGGUGUUGAUCUCAUAAGCGGCGUCUCUUGUAAUGCUCCAUAUGAAUGGGUAGAUAAAACAGAUUCAGCAUGGGAAUUCAGCAAGGAUAGGAAUCAUUUUGUUAACUUUCAUGUUGUUGCAUAUGAUUUUGGGAUCAAGUAUAAUAUUUUGAGGCGUUUGGCAUCGUACGGAUGUAAAAUUACAGUUGUCCCAUCAACAUGGCCGGCUUUGGAGACACUAAAGAUGAAGCCAGAUGGAGUUCUUUUUAGCAAUGGUCCAGGGGACCCAUCUGCAGUUCCCUACGCUGUGGAAACGGUAAAGGAAAUAAUUGGGAAGGUUCCUGUUUUUGGAAUUUGCAUGGGUCACCAACUGCUUGGCCAGGCAUUGGGUGGCAAAACCUUUAAAAUGAAGUUCGGUCAUCAUGGAGGAAACCAUCCAGUACGCAAUCUUCGUAAUGGCAUCAUCGAGAUUAGUGCUCAGAAUCACAACUAUGCGGUUGACCCAGCAUCGCUUCCGGCUGGCGUGGAAGUAACGCACAUCAAUCUGAACGAUGGAAGCUGUGCUGGUCUUGCCUUCCCAGCACUUAACAUAAUGUCUCUUCAGUACCACCCAGAGGCAUCUCCAGGACCUCAUGAUUCAGAUCCCGCUUUCAGGGAAUUCAUGCAACUGAUGAUGCAAACCAAACUAAAGGCAAGAACUUUGGCGAUGCAUUGAGUCUUCCAUCAUCUUCUGGGUUCUUAAAGGAGAAAACACUCCCACAUUUCCGACCACACUAUGUGUUUGGCAUCGGAUCUGGUUUUGAAAGCGACUAGGAUGAGAGUUAAAAGGGUCCCUCGACCUCUUGCUAUUUUUCUAUUUCCUUAUGUUGUCCUGGGGAAGUUUUUUAGUUUUUUGUUUUUGGAUCUGUUUUCAUGGCUGGGUGAAGUGUGUGAAAUUUCAGUUAGGAUAAUCCAUUCAUGAUUUUAAUAUGCGAUCUUUUGUUCUGUUAUAAUUAUAUUAUUGAUUAGCUUGAUCUCAA